AUGUCCACUAAUAUUUAUCUUCACACUAAGAGCUAUUUGUCGACGCUGCAGAAAUUCUCUGUGGCCUCUGCAGCGUCUACAGCGUCUGUAGCAUCUGCAGCAUCCCCAACGCCCUCAAUGCCAUCAACGCCCAAGCUAGCGGAUGCCAGCGUCGAUACAGAAGGAAUAACAAACACCUUAAUAAAUCACCUCGACAACGAAGACAAGGAUUUCGAGGAAAAGGAAAUCUCGCUGCGAUCAAAUCUAGCCUCUUUGAUUGGCAGAACUCCUACGGAUGAGGAAAUACUGCAGCUUAUGCACGCACACAAGGAUGACCUCACAGGCGCACCAUUCACUCAAAAGCGCACUCCUUCUCGACCUGUAUCGCGCCCUUCCUCCCGUCCAUGGACACCGACGCAGGCACCGACAACGCCGACUUUCGGGAGAGUUACACCGCUAGUACUCUCCCCAUCAUUGUCCAAUGCUCAGAUGCAGUCUUUUCUUCCUCCAGCUGUCGGUAGUCAGCCUAGCUCUCCUUUGGCUAGUCCCCGUCCACUCAACAAACGCGCUGCUGAGUUUAAGCCACCAGGCGGUACUAGCGAGUUGAACGUAGACUCGAAAAACCAAGCAAAUCACCCUCAACCUGACGAAUACGACCCCACUCUCGAUUUAGGAAGCGGUAUGACUCCUCUAGACGUUCUCUGGUCCAUUUUCGCUCCUUCCGGAGUCUCUCUCGACGAAUUAGAAUCAACUCUCACCGGAAACAGCUUCGAUUUUGAGCUCACGCUUAAUGAGCUAUCAGAAAAGCGUUCACUCGCUCAAUCCCAAGCACCUCCCAACAAUCUUUCUCAACGUCAUCAGAAUCCCGCUGGCGGAAGGGUAUGUCGUUACUACCUUGCCGGCGAGUGCAGGCGAUCAGACUGUCGAUUCUCGCACGACAUUGAGCGCGCCCUUUGUCGUUUCUGGCUGAGAGGCAACUGCAUUAAGCAGAACUGUGAUUUCCUUCACCAGCUCCCGCCUGUGCAGGAUGUAGAGUCGACGCUGACGAGCAUGUUCGAGACGAAUGCGAACAUACUCGCUCAACAAGAGAGAGAGGAGCAUGCGCAGGUACAGUCUGUCGAGGAUGCCUUUCCUAACCUACACAACGCGCGAGACAAUGCGCAGCGCAAGCCAUACACGCCACGCUGGUCGACGGCAGUCAAGGUGAAUCCGCCACAGAUGCACAAGAGCAAGGUGAGUGGGAGUGGGAGUGGAAGUGUGAAUGGUGGAAAGAAAAACACUCGCACUAGUAACCUCAAUUCUACCUCUCAAACACCCCGCUCGUCGCCGCGCAUCAAAUUGCGCGCUCCAACCCUCCUCCCCACCCUGCCGACGGGAUCUACCCUUAACGCUCUCUACAUGACCUACCGCAACACAUCCAUCUCCCUCGGCACUGCGCGUAACUCCCUCCUCUCGAAAGCCGCAGACGCCUACCGCAAAGGCGACGGUGGUGCGGCUAAGCUCUUUUCGAAAGAGGCGCAGACCAUGAAUGAACAAAUGUCGGUUGAGAACGCCCAAGCCGCGUCGAAGCUGGUCAAGGAGAGGAGGAAGGCUAUUCAAGACGCGCUCGUGCAAGGCGCUGGCACAGCUGGAUACGAAGGAGAUGAAGUUGGCAGACGGAGUAGAGGAAAGGCUUGCGGGAAUAGUCUCGGUGUAUUGCUCGGUAUGAGUGGGCGAGAUGGUCUCGUUAGCGGCGAUGAACGUAUGGAGGCUGUACUCGAUCUACACGGCUUGCAUUCAAAUGAAGGCGUAGAGGUGCUCGAAGAGUUUCUGCUGGCGUUAGAAAAAGAACACUUCCUCGGCACGGCCUUCGUCCUUGUCGGCGAGUCAAAGCACACCGGCACGCAGGAUCCUUUACGAGGGGCUUCCAAACAGAGGCUGAAUCAUGGCGUGAUGGAAUUUUUGGUAAAAUGGGGCACUGCCACACCACUCGCACGCCAAUCACUCGGACUAGUCGAGAACUGUUACCACGACUUCGCCAUUACGUUCGACGAUGGAAGCGUCGGAUCUGAGUACGAUAUAGUCGACCUCUUCACUGAGAAUGAUAGCCAGGCGACCAUGUUCCUCAACGGCUACAACUACAACUGCAUCUACGACCAAGACAGCGUGGAGAGGAUUAGAAACACAUUCAACAGUGGCAUGCAAAUUGGUUCGCACACCUGGUCCCACCGCGAUCUCAACCUGCUGAGUGAAGCGGAGAUUGAUGAGCAGAUAGAACUCGUCAACGAAGCGCUCUGGAAGAUUAUCGGUGUGCGUCCCCGUUUCCUCAGACCGCCAUAUGGCAGUGCGCCAGCAUGGGCUGUCAACUACAUACAACAGAAACAUGGCAUGACGGUGGUGAACUGGAGCGAGGACUCGCUCGACUCGCAAGGCGCAACUACUACGGAAAGCAUCAACAUCUACGACACAUUCACUGACCCCACACAGCCACACCUCACACUCAACCACGAGACUUACGAGGGAACGCCAUACACGGUCAUGCCAGACGUGGUGCCAUCGCUCAUCCAGCGCGGUUACAACCUCAUUACCGUAGCUGACUGCCUCGACCUCGAACCGUACUUGGACAUCGGCGAGCCUCAGGCUAGGGAUGCGACUUGGACUUGCAGCGGUAAACCUGCUCCACUUAGCUAUUAG